AUGGAAGGUAGUCGCCGGCGUAAUUCAUCAUCUCCGUCAAUGUUAGCAGAUCUAACCGCGACUCAUGGCUGCGAGAAUGAAUUGAGUCCGUCGAACUCCGACUUGACCUCGAACUCGUCUUUGACGGUUAAUAAUUGUAAAGGAAGGUUACAUCACAUUGAAGAUUCAGUGAAGGAUUGUGUGACAACAUGGACAUAUGAAAAACAUGAUUUGUAUCUUGAUCAUUUGGAAUCAUCAUUUGUUGAGCAGUUGCAUCGGUCUAUAGGCGUACUUGCUUUUUGCUCAAAUGGUGAUUCAAAGAGUCAUUAUUUAUCUUGA